UUUGACGGACACCAAUUUGUAUAUGCAUUAUUGAUGUUUUAAAAUAAAAAGUCACUUUUCUUUGUACAUUAGCGAAAGUUAAAUUAAAAUAUAUGAACACGAUGGAUGAGCUUUUAAAUGAAGUGGUACCACAAGAGGACUUAGAGAGGUUUGAAAAAAAAUAUAAUCACGAGCUUGAGUUGGACGGGGAAGUUACCACAGAGACAAAGUUUGAGUACUCUUUCUGUCUGGUUCGUAGUCGCUAUACAAACGACAUUAGAAAGGGAAUAAUGAUAUUGGAGGAGUUGGCACGUACGCAUCCAGACGGAAGACGUGAUUAUAUUUAUUAUCUUGCAUUUGGGAAUGCUCGUAUAAAGGAGUAUACUUCAGGCCUUAAAUACUGCAGAGCUUUCCUGGACAUUGAAUCUAAUGAUCAAGUGCGCUCUCUUGAGUCUGAAUUUCAGGAAUAUAUUAAGAAACAAAGUGACAAGGAAGUGGCAAAGGGUAUGGCUGUCGCUGGAGGAGCAGCCCUCGUACUGGGUGGAAUAUUGGGACUAGGCAUUGCUAUGGCAAAGAAUAAACAAAAACGAGAGAAAAAGUGAAAUCUUUACAUUUUCCGGAAUCAGUAACUCUCUGGACGCCUCUGCGAUCUUGGUGCUGACAUUUUUUAAUAAAAUUUUAUUUCCUACAGAUUCUUAAUCAUUUUUAUAUAAAGUUAAGCUUUGUUUAACCAAUAAAUGAUCCAACUGUA